AUGAGACCAUUCCAACUUUUGUCUGCUAUUGCAGUCUUCAAUAGUUUGAAGACAGUAGCGGGUGAAGCUUAUUGGAAUUGUAAUGGUACUCCAAUUUUAUAUGUGAUUGUUCGUGAUGCGGUGGAAUUGGCUUUUACUUUGCAGCCAGGUUCUAUUAGUGGUUACCCCUCAAUUUAUCGUUUACCACCUCCACUGCCUGGACUAGGGCAACUUCGACAGUUUCCAGUAAUAGCUUCUGGCGCAACGUGGCUGGGUUCGUUAUUUGAUUCUCUUCCACCAAUGAAAACACGCUAA